GUGGGCGCCUAUCAGCUACAGCGCGAACGCCCACUGAUGUAUGUCCAAGUGCUUGUUUUGGGAAUGUGCUUCUUCGCGGGCGGCGUCAAAUAUUCUGAGCAAGGAUUCGGAGCUAGUGCGACCCAGCUCAACUCCUCCCUGCUCACAAUCAGCGUUAUCGCCGUCUUGCUCCCCGCCGCUUUCCGCUUCUCUGUCACAGCGACUUCUGAUCCGGAUCCGGGUCUGGAUAUUCUGAGGUUCAGCCACGGUGUUGCCAUCAUCCUGCUGUUCAUCUAUGGCUCGUACCUGGUCUUCCAGCUGUACUCACACGCGAAACUGUACGAAGACCAGAGCGAUGACAUCAUCAAAUCGACGAAAUAUGCACCGCGCCACCCGACCGGAGCAGACGCCGAGAAUGGGACG